GGCGGCGAUCCGAGCGCCCGCCGCUCCGUCUGCAGGGAAGAUCUGUGGGUGCGCGGGGGCCGCAUCCUGGAUCCGGAGAAACUGUUCUUCGAGGAACGGCGCGUGGCCGAUGAACAGCGGGACUGCGGGGGCCGCAUCCUGGCGCCCGGCUUCAUUGACGUGCAGAUCAACGGUGGAUUUGGCGUUGACUUCUCCCAGGCCACGGAGGACGCGGGUUCGGGGGUUGCCCUGGUGGCCCGGAAGAUCCUGUCGCACGGUGUCACUUCCUUCUGUCCUACCCUGGUUACUUCCCCGCCGGAGGUUUAUCACAAGGUCCUUCCUCAGAUCCCUGUGACGCGUGGUGGUCCCCAUGGGGCAGGGGUCCUCGGGCUGCACCUGGAGGGUCCAUUCAUCAGUUGGGAGAAGCGGGGUGCACACCCUGAGGCCCACCUCCGCUCCUUUGAGGCUAACGCCUUCCGUGAUAUGCUGGCCAUCUAUGGGUCCCUGGACAAUGUCCGAAUUGUGACACUAGCCCCUGAGCUGGGCCGCAGCCUCGAGGUGAUCCAGGAGCUGACAUCCCGUGGCAUCUGUGUAUCCCUAGGGCACUCAGUGGCUGACCUGCGGGCGGCAGAGGCAGCGGUACAGAGUGGAGCCACCUUCAUCACUCACCUCUUCAAUGCCAUGCUGCCUUUCCACCACCGUGACCCAGGCAUUGUGGGGCUCUUGACCAGUGAUCGGCUGCCCCCAGGCCGCAGUAUCUUCUACGGGAUGAUAGCUGAUGGCAUGCAUACCAACCCUGCUGCCCUGCGCAUUGCCCACCGGGCCCAUCCCAAGGGACUGGUGCUGGUCACCGAUGCCAUCCCUGCCCUGGGCCUGGGCAAUGGCCGACACACACUAGGGCAGCAGGAGGUGGAGGUGGAUGGGCUGACAGCCUAUGUGGCAGGCACCAAGACGCUGAGUGGCAGCAUAGCCCCAAUGGAUGUCUGUGUCCGGCACUUCCUACAGGCCACAGGCUGCAGUGUGGAGUCAGCCCUGGAGGCUGCAUCCCUGCACCCUGCCCAGCUGCUGGGGCUGGAGAAAUAUAAAGGAACCCUGGACUUUGGAGCUGAUGCAGACUUCGUGGUGCUCGAUGAUUCCCUCCAUGUCUGGGCCACCUACAUCUCGGGUGAGCUGGUGUGGCAGGCGGAGGAGGCCAGGCAAUGAUGAAAACUUCAGCUGGAGAGAACAUCUGGCCUCUGCUGUACACUGUUGAGUCAGGCAGUCGGGACGCUGGCCUCUGGAGAGCGAGUAUGGUCUUGUCCCAGGCUGACACCCAUGGCCCAUGUGGCCAGCUUGGAGGGGACUGGAUAAACUCAUGCUCAGCAGGAA